GAUCAAUCCACUAUCAUUAUUUUACAAUUCGUCCACACUUGAAGCUAAACUCUCUGCAGAUUUCAUUGUUGAUUGAAGCCACUGACACAAGAAGCUCCCGUCCAUAAUGCUGUGGAAAUUAACUUGCUUGGGCCCUCUUCUAUUGCUCGAUACUUCAAAAGGCUGCUCAGUCUGACACUUAUUCGCCAGCUCAACUCACAAACUUCAAGACCCUCUAGGAGAUUCAUUCACCAAUAACUUAUCAUCAUGGUUUACCACUGCCAUAGCAUAAACUCUGAUGACUCUCCUGCUCACAAACCAGAAGCCAAAUCUAUGCCCAAAUCAAAAAAAAGUAACGAGCUCGCGGAAAAAUGACGCCAAACCGACGCGUACCAAUCCUGUACGAACUCACAAGCAGAACCAACGUGUUGCCCAUGCUAUCAAGAAGCAUGUCAAACAACGACGACGUGAUCCUACGCAUGUGUUUGUUGGCAAUCUUGCUAAAACAGUCGACGAAGACACUAUUGCAGAGUACUUCAGUCACUGUGGUGAAAUUCUCUCUGUCGAGAUUCGCUGCAGUGGUGGUCUGGCAAUGACGACUGGUCGCCCGAACCCAGCCUAUAUUGCCCAAUAUUCUGUUAGGCAGUACGCUAUGAUCACAUUUAUUGAUGGAUCGGCUGCCCAAAAAGCUUUGAAUCUCAAUGGGUCCCGUCUGCAAAUAGGCGAUGAAUCCACGGAACUCGUGAUCACACGCAGCGCCGCUGAUCUUCCAGAAGUAAUAGAAAAGGUGCAGCAGCGUCUUGAAGCAUACCGAGCUCGCAACGGCUUUACUGAUGCCAGGCGUGCUCGACAAAGCGCAAUGAAGACUUUGGACCUCCAACCCACCAUUUUAUUAGAGACUCGCGGAGAUAAACACCCGCGCGGGAAGAUCUUUGGUUUUUCUUUCCCUUUGCCCCUCUUUUGACUCUUCCUUGUACCUUUGUUUAAAUGAUGUCGCCUUUCUUUGUUUCUUUCACAUUGUCUUUGACUUUAUGUACCUAUGCCGUAUGCCCAACAUGCCAAUACACAACGUGUACUAUGGUUGGCGAUGAGACGACCUGAAUUUACCACGCCUUCGGCCGGAUUAAUCUGCGAGCUUUAUAAAGCUUUGGA